GUAAACAAAUGGCAGCACAGGUUUAAAUGACCAGCAGCGUUCUAAUAUUAAUGUGUCCCUAAUACAUCACCGGCAGAAACAUGAUCUCAACCGGCUCGGCCAACGCAAUGGCUAGCAUCCAGGCGAGAUGCGUAGAAGAUAUAUCCUGCUGCAUCGUGCGUGAAUAUUUGUCCCGCAAGGGACUAAAAGAUACGCUGGCAAAGAUGGACAACGAGUUGCCCCGGAACGAAGGUUGUUUUACUCUCAGGGACCAGCUGAUCAGAGCUGUCUUUAUGGAACGCCUCGUUAAAGAAAACAAGGCAAGAGAUUCACCUUUCCGUGCACUGCUUGAGAUGUUGAUCUAUGAGAGACUGCAGAAAAAGAGUAUCAAGUCAAAACAUGAUUCCAAAGUGAGCCUGGUUCCCAGUGCUGGUGACAGUGCAAGACACGUAGAUAUGAACAUUAAAAACAACAACACUCACCUGCCUGUUGCAUCGAAGGAAAGAAAGUCUGGAAGUAGUGACUCCCUGAGUUCGCUUGAGGGCGCCCUCCCCGUGAGAACCUUGGCGGAUACAGACCGUCCUCAGUCGGCGCGAGGCAGGCGUGAGCCCGGAGGCUUCAUAGUGCGCCGUACGGCAAAGAACGACAUUGAAUCCGUCCACCGUCUCAUUUCCAAGUCGCAGCAAUAUCGCGACCCCACGAGGGUCACCAACUCGGCGAUCCAGCGGAUGGAAGAGGCGCUGAAGUAUGAGCCUGGUUUUCAUGACGGCGAAGGAGACCGCAUUGACGCGAGCCAUUUGCUCGGAAAGCUCGGAGGCAAUUUCUCGGGUAGCAGCUCUCAUAUGAUCACGAGCUCAACCCUUCAGAGUGCCAUGUCAGCGCGGAGCGCCGAACGGAAGCUGGCCAAUAGAGUAGUGCACAGCAGGGAAGCACCAACCAGACCUGCAGAUUCAUCGCACUCUCCAAGAAGCUCGGCAUUUCCUAACCUGCAACCGGAAAUGCUGACAGAGUUAGAUGCUGCUGUGUUACAACCGUCUCAGCAGAUCAACUGCGAGCCCACCUCCCCAACUUCGCCAAAGUCAUUUCUUCUUCGGAGCCAGAGCGCACCACGGCUGGAGUCGACGAGAAGGAAGUCAAAUUCCGUUGUGGCCACUGGGAGUCCAAGGAGUCUGGCUAGCAGGGACAGCACUGGCGAGACCUAUCCAAAGUUUUACACAAGCGCAAACUAUGACAUUGAAGUGAGCGACAUCACUGACCAGGAUGUGUACAUUGACCCACUCGAGAUCACUGAACAGCAGACCACCUUCAGGCCGAUAACCCGGCAGGAGGCCACCGAACUCAAGGAAUUGCUAUUUGGAACGCGAAACGGAAAAUUUGGAGAGGAGUGGGCCUCACAAGGGUUCACUUUCACCAAGUCGAAUGCUGUCCCAUAUGGCCUGCUGCAAAAACAGGGAGGACCAUGUGGUGUGCUUGCAGCAGUACAAGCAUACAUGAUCAAAGAGUUGCUGUGGCCAGAAGGGGGACUACAGGAUGCCGAUCCAAGUGGUUUUGAAGUUGACGUCCCUCGAAGGAAUGCUGCUCUGGCCAGGGCGCUUGCAUUCAUUCUCUGGCAAGCUGGUGACUCACACAGGGCUAUAGUGGCAAACCCCACUGGAGUCAACAUAGCCCAAACUGAAGGCAUCUUGGCUAGCGAUGGCAUCAUAGAAACUUUGACACUAUCAAUGUUCACGUCAAAGGCAGCAUUGCGGGAAUACUACAGUUCUUGCAUAUUUAAAUUACAAGAGGAAAAUUGUUCGAGCUGCGUUGCUUUUUUGAUAUCCGUCCUAAUGACGCAUGGCCUGGAGAGGAUUCGUGAAGAAAUGGAUGAAAGAAACAGCUCGCUUAUUGGAAAACACAGCCAUUGUAACCAGGAGGUUGUCAAUCUUUUGCUUGUGGGCAAAGCAGUCACCAAUGUCUUUGACAACAAACUGUGUUUUGGGAAUGAAGAAACGACUGUGCUAAGGGGCAUCACCUCCCGGUCAAACAUAGGUCUUCUCUCGCUCUAUGAACACUACAAGUCCUGCCAAGUUGGCUCGUACUACAAGGAUCCCAAGUACCCAAUCUGGAUCGUGCUUAGCGAGAGCCACUUUUCAGUGCUCUUUUCAAAGUCAUUCAUGGCCCUUGCCCCUGAAGAUGAGAAAUUUGACCUUUUCUACUAUGAUGGUCUGAAUAAGCAGGAGGAGGAAGUACGGCUAACAAUCGACCCAACGGCAGGAAUUAGUAAUGAGGACGUCAUAAUGACACCUCCACUGGAGCUUUGCAUCAGAACAAGGUGGCAAGGUGCAUCUGUGUCAUGGAACGAGGGUGGGCCAUUGCCGUGAACCAUUGCCCCACUUUGAAAAUUCGUUCUACCUCGUGCAGUAGAUGCACAUGUUUUAUUUCUCUCCCUUUAUUACGCUAUAGAAACACGAAACCAAAAUUUUGAGCUUUUAUAAUAAAUAUGCUUGUCAUGUACAGUUAGCUAAAACUCAUUACAGGGAUGCAUACUAUGAACAUGGCUUCGAGAUUGUGUGUGGUCGGUCUAUUCAAAAUUUAGCAUCUUUGAUUUUUGCUAUUGUACCUGCUCAAGAUUUGUUGACAUGCUUGAUGAUGUUAAUUUGAUGACUCGAUAUGACAUUGCUACAUAUGAUCUCCUGAGCUGUAUUGUAAAUUCUUUUUUUUCUGUGAUAUGCAUUUUUCAAAUGUACAGACAUAUGCUAUUCACUAGUCGAGAGUUUGUGAGCAUUGAGCUGUGAACAAAAAAAAAAAAAAUCUGGUAGGUAGUCUUAUCAAAUGGAAUAUGUCAGGAAACCAAAGCCAUGUUUGUUUAUUAGAUGUUUGUUUACUGGGUGCAACACUAUUAUCUGCCUUAAAAUUUUUGAAAAAAGACACCAGGAAGUGCAUAAAUCAGUCUCGUUAAAUGGACCAGGAAAUUAUAUUCAGUUUAACAGGAAUUCUAUUUACUGAAAGCCUAACUAGGUUGAGGUAUUCAGGUAUGAAAACAAUUAUAUUAUAGGCAGUUUUUCUAUUUAAGCAGCAAUUCUGUUUAAGAGAUUUGUUUAGUGAGUGUCUACUGUAAACUAAGGAGAAGACAAGGUGCUUUGGCAUAGCAGUCACAGUUAUUAUGUGGUAGAUGUUUUUCAUGAAUUAAAAAUCCACGCAAUGCUUGCUUGACAGAUUAUCACUUUUUAAGUGUGGCUUUUUUCACUGUAAAUAGGCAUUGUGAUAAAACGGUAAAUCUCUAUUCACUCUGCGAUGAGAAAGAAAGUGCCUGUAUAUAUUGCGUACAUGUGUACAUUUAGUGCUUAAAUUGCCGAUUCUGCUUUCUGCAGCGAUUCUUGCAGCAUCUAUUGCCAAAUUCACAUAGAUGCACGAAUUAUAUUUCUGAGCAAGCAUAGUUUUUUUUUUUACAAAUGCAAGACCUCUUGCUCUCAGGAAGGGUUCGAACUCAAGCCACUUUUGUUGAGAUUUUGGUGCGUUUUUGCCUGUUUUGAAAGGAAAUACUUUUGUGAAAUCCCAGUCAUAAGAUCAACGUAAUAGCCAACGCUUGGAUCUCCUCUGUAUUGUGGUGUAAUGUAUUCUCUUCUGUGUGGAGCACAGCCCGUUUGCUCUGUGAAGCCAAUGUGCCCAUGGUACGUGACGUCUACAUUUUAAGACCUAUAGUGCCACUCACUAUUAGUGCAGGUAGAUGAGUGCUGUUGCAAGAUUAUGUAAAUGUGCUUAUACAAGAUGCAAUCUGGGUGCCGUAUCGCAUCCAAAACUUAAAUUGAAACUAAUUAGACGUCACGAUUUGACUCUGACAAAGCUGGCCACAUUUCCUUUUUCACUUUCUGAUGUUUUUAUGCGUGCUAAUCUUAGUGUGUAUAUGUACUGUUUAUGGUCUUGGAUUUUAUUCUGACAGUCCAUGUUUUUCACUUUUUUGUCACAUUUAUACAGCAGAGUAUCUUUCAGAGUAUUUGCAUUUUUUUAAACUCCUUUCUCAUUAUAAGAAAACAAGCUUUCAUCUCUCAUCUUUCAUCUCUCAUUUUUACUAUAUUGCCUUUAAGUGGUGUUGUAUAUACGUUUCUUCCUGGCAAUGAAGUCGUAUCACUCACUACUGUUUUUAUUUAUUAUUGUUGUUUUCAUCAUUUUUUGCACUGUGGAAACUGUUACUAUAUUUUAGUUAGUGGGGAAAGUGAACUUUGCAGCUUUCAACACAAUUUAUAUGGUUACGCGAGAUUGAGAUGUCCAUAGGCAACAAGUCGUUCGCUUCACACAUGACAGCAUGUCGCCCCCAUCAUUUGCAUUCACUUCUCUAAAUGCGAUUAUUGUGAUACAUGUUAGUUGUGUAUACCGUUGCAAGACCUUUAGAAAUUAUGUGGUGCAACAACUUGGCACGGAAUUGGGGUCUUGACUUAUCACUUAGAUCAGUAGGACAUACGCGUCCUCUACAGUGUGAAAGUAGGUUACUGCCUAUUCUAAUCUUCACACACACACACACACACACACACACACACACACACACACACACGAAAAAUAGCAUAACAAAGCUGGUCAUCAAAGGGGUAAUGACACACAAUUUUUCUGUCAUUUCUUUGCAUCAAAUGAAAGACCAAGCCCUAAAGAGUAAUAAAUAUGUGCUUUUAAACAUCAGUGUGCUCUGAAAAAUUAAUGCCAAUGUGCUUUAAAAGCAAAUUCCAGUUCCUACUGUAUGCUAAUGUCAUUUCAUGGCAUAAGCUUACAUUCAUGUGCUUGUGCAAGAUAGCACGAUGUUCACUCAAUGACUUUGUCUGUCGCACACCACGUUUCUGGCAGGCAAACACUUGAUCUGCAAUGAAUGAAAUUGUCUUUUGGUUUUUACUACCAGAACGGGCCAUGUGCAGAUGCCCAGAUUGCCGACUUGGCAAACCAUUUCGCAUUCUAUCCAUUCUCAUGUGCACGGGACUUGCCUGAUGGCGAUGCCAUGCGAGAAGGCUCGUGUAUCAGAAACAUGGAGCACGUAGUAGUCAUGCAUACGCGACAACAGAGUGCAAGUUGAACUUUACUCGCUCACUUCAUGGGUUUGCUGAACUACGUCCACACGCAAAAGCAGAUGAUUGAGGAAGCAACAUGCACCAGCGGCCUCUUUGUAUGUUUUCGUACCCGACACAACUAGCCAUACUGGGGUGAAGUCACUUGACCUUGUACUGUCACUCAACAUCAUGCUAGAUCGACGUCACAAGGUGUGCCACGCUUACGUUGACAUUAAUGUUAAAUCUUAUAUCAAUUCAGAUUUGCUCAGAGCAGUCCUGUUUGUAUGGCAGAGUAAACUCGGAAUGAAAAAAUUGGCGUCAGUACCACUUCAGUGCAGAGGCCCCUAUGUUUAAUGCUGAGCAAUUAUUUAAAUACAGUUCAGCAAACGUCUGUUCUUUAGCUUGAAAAGACAGUUUUGCAUUAGAGUUUUGCAUUUUGCAUUGCAUUCAUUGCUAUUAAAGAUGCUGUGAUAUCUACGUGUUUUUGCACUUGAAUAAAAAUAAGGGUGCUUAUCUC